AUGCAUCCACACUACGCAUCUCAGAGCCAGCGCGGACUCACAUCCAACUCGUAUUCCUCAUCCCCUGCGCCUGCCGCUAUAGCUUUCGAAUACGCUCCAACUCCGGCACCCUCAUCGUCGCCACCAUCCAUGGGUAUAAAGCGGUAUCGCAGUGCGGCCCCGACAAACGCCAAAUCUUUCCAGUGCACUGGAUAUGGCGACUGUAGGAUGGUAUUUAGCCGCAGCGAGCAUCUGGCGAGACAUAUACGAAAACAUACCGGAGAGCGGCCUUUUACAUGUCACUGCGAAAAACAGUUCUCUCGCCUCGAUAACUUGCGCCAGCAUGCUCAGACCGUGCACUCUGGCCCCGAGGACCAGGAACUAAAUGAACGCAUGAUGCGGACGCUCUCCGGGGUCAACGCGAGCAUAACCGCUAAUGCCCGCGGUCGAAGACGAUACGGCAACCCAAACUCGCCGGUACCUUCUCCCGUCUCGCCAAUGUACACGCCCUCAUACGUCAGCUGUGCUUCCGUUUCGUCUCCUGGCUUAUCCACAGCGAGCUCUUCUUCGUCAUCAUCGUGGUCCAGCUUAGGAGAUCCGUACGAGCUUCCGUCCCGUGGUUCAGGUCACGCUCCCGACGUCUCUUUCGCGGCCGACUGCCAUCCUUCUGGCUCGCAUUCGUUGCCUGCUUCCCCUUCAUAUCCCUACUUUCAUCACCGUCCCCGACUCCCCUCUCCGCCUUCGCAGGGAUACCUCCCCGUCACCUCCCCCUACCCCCAAACUGCCCCAAUCAUCCCUUCUGGAGCUAACGACUACAUGGCUGCUGGUCUUGUCGCGGCUCACGCGCACUCUCGACCACAGCAUGAAGCUGUCGUUGUCAAACAGGAAGAAGGGGUCGAUCUUGAGGAGUUUUACCGAGCUGUCUGUGCCCCACCCUCCGCUCUCGCUACAGGGUACGACAGUGAGGCGUCAAUGUCGCCGGAGAUUCCUGCACACAGUCUCCACUACCAAUAUCCGUCGUCGCCCACUCUCAUCUCUGAGAAGGAGCUGACGAAUGCGGAGUACUAUCGUGCGGUGCAAGCGCAGUAUUAUUAUGCUCAUGCUCAACAACACCAACACCAUCAACAGCCUCCGGCUGGUUAUGCAUUCGCUUGA